CCAGGCGCGAACACCUGCCACUCUGCGCCAAAUGUCAACUCAUGUGGCACAGCGAUGCUUGCAAGCUGCCAAAUCAGCACUGAAGGACAAUGUGAAGCCAUGGGAGAAACCCAAGGUCCGAAUCACGUUGAAUCUUGCGGCUGAACGAGGCCCGGUACACUCAAGUUGGAUCAAGCAGCCGGAUUCUCCCACCAGCAGGCGGAGCAAUGUUCCAACGGAGGAUUGUCGCCAGCAGAGGAGUCCUCCCAAACGAGUAGAUGAACUGGACCAGCAGGAAGCUCUGUUCUGCCAUGAUAUGCGGCGUUUGACUCGAAUGGCCAAAGCUUGUGCGGAGGACGCCCUGCACGAGUUGAAGGGUCUUCGCAGCGAAGCUGACGAGCUGCGGCGUCAGCUGAGACAGCUGACAGAUGCGCACAGUGAUGACGCGAGUCCAGGGAGACUGCAGGCAGGGCGAAGACGUGACCUGGGAAGCCAAGAUGGUUUUUUGCCGAAAGCCCAGAACACCAGGAAAACUCACAGCCCGCUGAGGGUAUCCGAAUGAGGUCAGUGAGAACUAGAAAAAAAAUCAUGUCAAGGCCAAAGAACAUGCCCUGGCAAAAAUCAGUGUUGGGCAGAGGAUGGCGC